AUGGCGUCAUCGGAUAUAAAUUCAAGACAUGAAGAAUUCGAUCAAACAAAUUAUUCAAUAAAUGAAACAUUUUCUAUUCCACUUGAACCCACAUAUAUUUAUUGUGGUAUGACUUAUUUACCAUUACCUCGCAAUGAACUUGCUAUUAUUUAUACACAUAAUAAUAAAAUUAUAUUAGAAUUACGUCAAAUUCAAGAUCAAAAUUUUGAAUUAAUUCAUUCAAUUGAAUUAAAUGAUAUUUCUACAUCUAUUGAUGAUUUUAUAUGGUGUUCACAACGGAAUGAAUUUUUAUUUACAUCAAAUGGACAAUUACUAACAUAUAAUCUUGAACAAGAACAAGUAACAAAUACGCUCAUAAUUGAUAAAGAAAAAAAUAAAUGUCGUAUUGCAUGUAAUUCAACAUUAAUUGCUUGUGUAGAUUCUCGUACAUUAAAAUUAUAUGAUUUAAAUACAUUAAAAUAUCUUCGUCAAAAACGACUUGAUCAUGUUUGUGAAGAUAUUGAAUUUGAUGAUGAAUAUUUUGUUUCAACACAUACAGGAAAAUUAGAAUAUUUAGAUCGAACAUUAUUUUCUGUUCGACGUUUUGCUAUUGGUGGUACAUCCAUAUGUCGAUUUAAUAAAAAAUUAUGGCUUAUUGCUGAUGCAUUCGAUGAUCGUCUUUUAUGGCAAUCACUUGAUAAACUUCUAUUAACUAUUUCUCAUAUACAUCAACCAAAAUCAAUUGUUGUUAUAUCUAAUAUAUCUCGAAUUGUUAUACAAUGUAAUGACCCAAAUCGAUUGUUAAUCUAUGAUCCAAUUUUAAUGAAUUCUUGUAAAUAA